AUGACAAUCAUGCCUAGCGACUCUUCAACUCAUUCAAAAACUGCCACUAUCAAGCUCUAUAUGAAUCGCAUUCCACGCCUCACAAUCACCUAUAAGGACAAGCACGAUCUGUAUGAAGCAUUCAAGACGAAGACACGGGAACUUGGCCUUCUAAUUGGAACCGUUUUUUGGAUUGAUGAUGAUGGUGAGCCGAUAAGGCUGAACAACGCCAACACCCUUAUGGGCAUCGCCAAGAACUCGUCGGUCCUGCACAUUUACGCAACUGUUGCUGAACAGGGAGAAGACAGCUCUUGCUCCUGUUGUGAAGAGCUCGCUCGGUGUAGGCGACCAUGGAAUGGCAGGCAUCGCUCUCGUAGUCACACUAGACGAAGAAAUCGCAGUCACUCUCGUGGGGAACGUUCUCGUUCAGCUGAACGCUCCAGUAGCUCCGAUCGUUCCCGCAGAACUCGUCAUCACCAUGGACACCAUCCUUUUCUUGGACUCGAAAAUUUUGAUGAUUCGUUGCCUGACCCGUGGUGCGGACAAUGGACACCUCCCAUCUGUUGUGCUCGUGGUGGUUUUGGUCCACGUGGUGGCUUUUCCGGUCGCGGAGGUUUCGGAAGCCGUGGUGGGAGCCGUGGUGGUGGACGUGGACGUGGAUUCCAUUUCCAUUGA